GAUAAUACUAACACCACAGCUGUCAAAAUGUCGUCCGGCAAGGUCAAGGCCGCCCAGCUCUGGGGCAAGAACAAGGAUGACUUGAAGAAGCAAUUGGAUGAGUUGAAGCAGGAGCUGGUCCAGCUGCGCACUCAAAAGAUUGCUGGCGGUGCCCAGUCGAAGCUCAGCAAGAUCCACGACGUCCGCAAGUCGAUCGCCCGCGUGCUCACCAUCAUCAACGCAAACCAGCGCGCUCAGCUCCGUCUGUUCUACAAGAACAAGAAGUACCUGCCACUCGACCUCCGCCCAAAGCAGACCCGUGCCAUCCGCCGUCGAUUAUCCCCAGAGGAGCAGAAACUCGUCACUGAGAAGCAAAAGAAGAAGCAGCGACACUUCCCUCAGAGAAACUUCGCCGUCAAGGCCGUUGCAUGAAUUGAACGACAUUGACUGCGGCGUUUUUUACGGAUCAUGGCAUGCUUGGGCGCUUGAUAUUUUCAUGGCGAAAAGGAAGGCUGGAAAAUGUGGCUCGCCCACUUGAGGCAUGCACGGCUACAGUAGAGACCAAGAGAGAAAUGGUCAAAAUACCUCCAAAUCACAAUGCGCACGAGAACACCG